CUUUGUCUGGGUGCUUUGCGGGCGCCCGUCCCUUCGCGCGUGAGGCUGCGGCGUGGAAGGUCUGCUGGUGUGUAGGAAGCUAUGGGUCUGGGCGCGUGAUCGUUGGCUGUGGAAGAUUGCAGGGUUCUGCUCUGUGUUCACAUGUGGCUCAGAGAGGCCUCUUCUGAAGAUGCUUCCCCGGCGGAGGGCGCGGGACUCACUCCAGCAAGAAAGCCCGUAGGUGAGCCCCACAGGCUCCUCGGACUUCCAUCUUCCUUGGAAACCUCAGGCGGUCCAGCCAUGGCAGCGGCCAGGCUCCUGCCGCCACCAGCAGCACCCCAGCCCCUGUCAUUCCAGGCCAAGGUGACCUUUGAGGAUGUGGCCGUGCUCCUCUCCCAGGAGGAAUGGGACCGCCUGGGCCCUGCUCAGCGGGGCCUCUACCGACACGUGAUGAUGGAGACCUAUGGGAACGUGGUAUCGCUAGGACUUCCAGGAUCAAAGCCCAAUGUGAUCUCUCAGCUGGAGCGAGGCGAAGAGCCAUGGGUCCUGGACGGGCAAGGGGCUGAGGAGACUAGGGGCCUGGGAAGUGGCCGGUCAGACAGCUACAGGCAUGACCACAUGACAGCUCGUAUGCGACAAGACCACUCGCCCUGUCCAUGGGAGCAUGAGAACAAGGGAGAGAACCCGAAGAGGGAUUUGAGUCUGAAGCCGUUUCUUUCAGAGGAAGGAUCCUCGGUUCUGGGGGGAGCACCCUCAGGCCAGCCUGAUCACAGACCUUACAGAGCCGAGCAGAGCUGCCCUGUGAGCGCAAGCCCCGGCGGCCCGCCUGGCGCUCAGGUCCCCAGGCGGAGUGUGCCUGCCCCCCCGCAGCAGGGUGUCCCCGGCGGGGAGAGACCCUACAAGUGCACCGAGUGCGGGAAAUGCUUCGGCCGCAGCUCCCAUCUGCUGCAGCACCAGCGAACCCACACCGGGGAGAAGCCCUACGUGUGCGGCGUGUGCGGGAAGGCCUUUAGCCAGAGCUCCGUCCUCAGCAAGCACCGGAGAAUCCACACGGGCGAGAAGCCCUACGAGUGCAACGAGUGCGGGAAGGCCUUCCGCGUGAGCUCGGACCUGGCGCAGCACCACAAGAUCCACACGGGCGAGAAGCCGCACGAGUGUCUGGAGUGCAGGAAGGCGUUCACGCAGCUCUCGCACCUCAUCCAGCACCAGCGCAUCCACACGGGCGAGCGGCCGUACGUGUGCCCGCUGUGCGGCAAGGCCUUCAACCACAGCACGGUGCUGCGCAGCCACCAGCGCGUGCACACGGGCGAGAAGCCGCACGAGUGCGCGCAGUGCGGCCGCGCCUUCAGCGUCAAGCGCACGCUCCUGCAGCACCAGCGCGUGCACACGGGCGAGAAGCCCUACACGUGCAGCGAGUGCGGCCGCGCCUUCAGCGACCGCUCGGUGCUUAUCCAGCACCACAACGUGCACACGGGCGAGAAGCCGUACGAGUGCGGCGAGUGCGGCAAGGCCUUCAGCCACCGCUCGACGCUCAUGAACCACGAGCGCAUCCACACGGAGGAGAAGCCGUACGGCUGCUACGCGUGCGGCAAGGCCUUCGUGCAGCACUCGCACCUGACGCAGCACCAGCGCGUGCACACGGGCGAGAAGCCCUACGUGUGCGGCGAGUGCGGGCACGCGUUCAGUGCGCGGCGCUCGCUGGUGCAGCACGAGCGCAUCCACACGGGCGAGCGGCCGUUCCGCUGCGCGCAGUGCGGCAAGGCCUUCAGCCUCAAGGCCACGCUGAUCGUGCACCUGCGGACGCACACGGGCGAGCGGCCCUACGAGUGCAGCCGCUGCGGCAAGGCCUUCAGCCAGUACUCGGUGCUCAUCCAGCACCAGCGCAUCCACACGGGCGAGCGGCCCUACGAGUGCGCCGAGUGCGGCCGCGCCUUCAACCAGCACGGCCACCUGAUCCAGCACCAGAAGGUGCACGCGAAGCUCUGAGCCCCCGGGCCCCCGCGCGGGACGGGCUGCCGGCGGCUCCACCCCGGGGAGCCCCGAAGAGCGGGCCCGGGCAAGGCGGGCGGAGGAGCCGGAGGGAGCCUGUCGCGGCCCUCGUGGGUGCGGGCCCGGGCGACGGGAGAGCGUGAGGCUCAGGCCGCAGCAGCACGUUCCCGCCUCUGAGUAAAGUUCGCGCUUCCAACAGGACAUGCCUUUUCUAAAGACAACUGUUGCUCUAACUACUGCACGUAAGUUUGGGUUAUUUGCACUAUUGUUAGACCACUGCAGUGUUGUGUGGAUGAAGAGAUGGCUGUCAAGCAUCACCGUGUAAUACGGCUGGAAACCCUACGUGUGUGCAACCACUUGUUUUGUGUGAACAAAGGAAACAGGCUAAGGAUGAAUUAGGGAGAAAUGAUGUGAACUCAGAAAACGUUUCAGCUGGUGUCUGAACUUUAUUCCAGAUCAGAAGGAAUGUCCUAAGUGAAAAUUCAACUCAGAAAUGGAUGUUUGCCUCAAAACCUAGCCUUAUGACUUACAGACCUUAUGCCCUGGAGAUCGUGGGAUGUCUGGGGCCUCCAGACCCUGUGUGGGUUGGAGGGGAGCUCUGCACUCAGAGCCCAGACCUCAUAGCCACUGUGUUACUCAAAAGACAGUUCUUUGGUACAUAUUUUUAAAACCUAAAAUUAUCAAAUUCAAAUUGCUUUUUUAUUAUCUGAAAUUUCCAUUCCUAUAUUGAGGGUUUUUUUUUAUUUUUUACUCCUGAUUGCAAAAGUGUCUAGUAUCCAUUUUCAUAUACUGUAAUGAAUCUGUUUAUUCAUAA